AAUAGAGGGAAAACAGCACAGCGUUGUAACGGACAUUGUCAACAGUCGCAGUUAAAAAACGCUGACAACAUUUUCUCUUAAGUUAUUAAGAUUUAUUUCAUAAAACAAUACCCAAUUAAUUACCUAAAGUUACUUAAAUAAAUAAUUAAAUUUAAGAGAAUAUUAAUUUUGGUGCAGACAAUUAAAAAGUGAUCGUGAUCGAUCACUGAAAAAAUAAAAAUGCUGUCAUCAAGUGAUAGUGGGAAAGGCGAUUCGCUGAGUACUCCAAAGAGGCUUCAAAAAAAACUAUUUAACACCCAGAGUGUAAGUUCAACCAAAAGAAAUUUAUUUCAAACCGAAGUACGAGGUAAGAAUACCGCCAAUGGGUCAGAAGAUGAAUCUGAUCUAGGCCCAAUGUCACCGCUAGCUGUCACUGAUAGCAGCUGCGAAAGUUCACCAGGACGUCAGUAUGAUUCCCCGUUCACGACACCGGAGAAGUCCCCACGUCUGAUGAGUCUUACGUGGGACCGACUGCGCCCGGCAUCGUGCACUCGUGAUAAUCAUGGCCUGUCACCCUUCAGUUCGCUCAAAAGACUGACCCGGAACGCACGUUCGACACCACGGCGUCGUUUCAGCUCAAACUCACCAGCUAAAUCUUCAUCGAGCUCAAGUACACCAAAACGCCGGCCUUUAUUCGACAACAUUAUUCCCGAGACACCCAGAGACGCCAACACAACUGUCAUCGAUGGUUAUCUGGAUGACGAAAUAGUCCCAGAGACUCCACAAAAAGACGGUUGUGAUGAGACACCUCAUAAGGAAAAUUAUCAUGAGCGUAAACUCAUCACACCGCUUGGUUCUGUGUUCAAAGAAGCAUCAGUACCGCGUUUGCACAGACGCAAGUCCAUUUGCACUCAAGAGUCUGCUGAUGGAUCAUCACCAGAACCACUGAAAGCUGCAAAAAUAGCAGCUACCAAAAGACAUCUCAAUGAGUCGUCAUCAUCAUUUAUGCACAGUGGCGUUAAAUUAUUAAAGACUGAUGAAAAUUACUCGAUACCUAAAGCAAGAGCUUCGCUGUUUCCUGAGGAGAAAAGCCCGCCCCCGCAAUUCGCGCCACUCAGCACGAAAUCAUUUUACAACAGUUGUGUUAGCGAUGACAAGAAACGUCACUCAUUUGGCUUUGGCUGGAGACCUGUGGAAAAAGAGACCAAAAAACGUCAUAGUUUGCCGUCACAGAGAAAAUCUGGGUCUCGUAGGUCACGAUUUGGUCAAAUAAAUGCUGGUGUCAGACAUGGUAUCAAAAGACCUAAAGUCAAACGUCGCGUUGACGCUAACGAUUCGCUCAAUAAAAAGUCACCUGGGGCAAGUAAAUCAGCUGGUGCUGACGAACGUCAACAUCAGCAGCAAGAGAUUGUGCCUGCGGCUGUUGAGGGUGACGUUAAUGAGAAUAUUUAUUCAGCGGCUGGUGAAGUAGAAAAAGAAAACGAACCGAUGGAGACGAGCGGAUUGAUAAUUCCAGUUAAGGAAAAAAAAGUUCCAAUGUCGCCAGUGCGCGAGGAUCCUAACAAAAGAUUUUUCAAAACUAACAGAACAAUAAAACCCCGUCACGUUGCUACUGUUACAGUGAACGACAACAUUAAAUUGAAGGUUUCAGAUGGGAAAUUUGCUCUGCAACAGAAGAAAGGAAAACAUGUAAGUAAGAAACCGAGACUGGAGACGACGGUGACGAUGGACGCGUCUGAUUUGACGGUUGACGAGCCAGCUAUUGAUGAAAAUAUCAUUGAGAAAGAUGUCGCUGACUUGCUGAAAGUUUUGGAGGACGAUUGGGCUGACGACGAUUACGACAACAUGGAGUCUUUGGCUAAAGCCAAUGUCAACAAUCGCUCGCCGCUUAAACUCCAACGCAGUGUUCGCGGUGACGGACUUCUCAUGUCCCCGGCCAGCGUUCUCAGUUCCAUGACUUCGGAAAUGAACAUUGAAGACCAGGCUGCUAAGAAAGAUCAAGAUCCUGGCUCGAGCAAAGAAGCUAAUCAAAAACUAUUCCCAUUAUUUACUAAAGGAUUCUCUAGUAAUAUUGAGCUAUUUGAAGAGACUAAAAAAACUGGCCGUGGUAUUAAACGUCCACAUGGAUGGCAAUUAUCGACGAAACUUAAUGGCGGCAGUGAUCAGUACCAAUUGGACGCUGGACAAAAACGUUUUGGUACAACGCAGUGUAAUGAAUGCGGUGUUGUCUAUCAGAUCGGAGAACCAGAAGAUGAAAACGCUCACUUGAUAUUCCACAACAGUAUUCGCAAGUUACGAUUCAAUGGAUGGAAAAAUGAACACGUGGUCUAUCAAGAUCCAUUUUCCGACAGCCGGAUCAUUACACUGGAGCCAAAUGAUCCUAAGCACUGUUGGAAGAAAGUCGAAGAGAUCAUUGAGUUGAUAAAUCAAGAUCUAGGCUUACAUGAUAUCGAUAUAUCUAGCUGUCAAAAUAGAAAGAUUUACUUCUAUGUGCGAAACAAAUGUAUCGUCGGUGUACUAGUUGCUGAAAGUAUUAAAGAGGCUUACAGAAUGAUACCUGAGCUCAUUGAUUUAGACUGCUGUGAAGAGACACCUUCGCCUGCUAAAUGUGGUGUCAAUGUUAUCUGGACUGCUUUGAGCCAUCGUAGACAAGGAAUUGCUAGAAAAUUACUAAAUAUCCUCAGAUCCCACUACUAUUACGGCUACAUCAUGUCCGUAGAUGAUCUUGCAUUUUCUACUCCCUCACAAGGUGGAAAAUUAUUCGCCGAAAAAUAUACCGGAGCGCGUAAUUUCAAAGUCUACCACUAAAAAUUUUUAAAAAAUAAUUUUACUCAGCUGAGUAUUUAAUCAAAAAUGAAAAAAAAAGUUUAGUGGAAUUUUUAAUGAAAUUUUAUUUUCUAAAUGGAUUUUUCAUACGAAUGCAAGUAUUUCUUUUAUUAUACCGUUUUUAUAUUUUUUCAAAACUUACGAUUAUUUUUUUACGUUUACUUAAAACUUUACUAUUAAUUUAUAAUAUUUAUUUUAAAAUUAACUCUGCCAUAAUUUUAAACUUACGACUUGAAAUUUUAAUUCUUAAUUUGAAAAUCAAAAUCCUGUCACAAAAUGUUAUUUUAUCAUAAACUGACUUAAUAUAUAAUUAAUA